GCAUCUGUGCUCGGAAUGUUUAGCCGCCCGAAAGCUCAACCACCACCAGGCACCGUACCAGCAACUUGGUAUCGGAUAGCCUGCCUGAUCAUCAGAAAGUUCAGAAACUACAUGCCAGGUUUAAUGAUUUUCCCCAGAUGCCGCAGCCUGCAGAGCAGCAGAUGCACGGAAAAUUUAGACCCGACAUUGGGGUUUUUUAAUUUUAGAUUUAUAUACAUUUUGUGUUUGUAUUACGCGCGCCAUGGCGAUCGCUCUCAGAGGUUGGAUUGGAGCUACAUAUAUAUACUUUCAUGGUUCACCAUGGCCAUCCGCGCCCAUCUUUCUGCUGCCGUUCCUCCCUUUUCAGAGGUCAGAGCGCGCGCCGGCAGCAGACGGCCUCCGCCGCCUCCUCCGCCGCCGUCGCCGCCUCAAGGCAGCAGCUAGCUCCCACCAAUGUCGUGCGCCGCCGCGCUGUCGCUCCUCGUCGCGCUCGCCGCCUCCGUCGCGCCGGCGGCGGCGUCGCAGGGAGCCGGCAACGGCGACGGCGACGCGGCCGUCCUGCGUGCGUUCCUCGUCUCCCUGCCGCCAUCCUCCCAGCGCAUCCUCCUCCCGUCGUGGAACGCCACCAACAGCAGCAGCAGCACCGGGUCGAGCCACUGCGCGUUCCGCGGCGUGGAGUGCACCGCCGCGGGCGCGGUCGCGGCGGUGAACCUGUCCGGGCUGGCGCUGUCCGGCGCGCUCGCGGCGUCCGCGCCGGGGCUCUGCGCGCUGCCGGCGCUCGCGGCGCUCGACCUGAGCCUGAACAGCUUCACGGGCGCCGUCCCCGCGGCGCUCGCCGCGUGCUCCGCGCUCGCCACGCUCGACCUCAGCAACAACUCGCUCUCGGGCGCCGUCCCGCGCGAGCUCGCCGCGCUCCCGGCGCUCACCGACCUCAGGCUCAGCGGGAACGGCCUCACCGGGCCGGUCCCGGAGUUCCCGGCGCGCUGCGGGCUGCGGUACCUCAGCCUCUACGGCAACCGGAUCAGCGGCGCGCUGCCCCGCAGCCUCGGCAACUGCGUCAACCUCACCGUCCUGUUCCUGUCCUCCAACCGGAUCGGGGGCGCCCUGCCCGACGUCUUCGGCUCCCUGCCCAUGCUGCAGAAGCUGUACCUCGACAGCAACCUGUUCGCCGGGGCGCUGCCGGAGAGCGUCGGCGAGCUCGGGAGCCUGGAGAGGUUUGUGGCCUCGACGAACUGCUUCAACGGCUCCAUCCCUGCGUCCAUCGGGAGAUGCGGGUCUCUCACGACGCUGCUCCUGCACAACAACCAGUUCACGGGGCCAAUUCCGGCGAGCAUCGGCAACCUCAGCAGACUGCAGUGGCUCACUAUCAAGGACACGUUCGUCACCGGCGCGAUCCCGCCGGAGAUCGGGAGGUGCCAGGAGCUGGUCAUCCUUGACCUGCAGAACAACAACCUGACAGGGACGAUACCGCCGGAGCUCGCCGAGCUCAAGAAGCUGCGGUCCCUGUCCCUGUACCGCAACAUGCUGCACGGACCAGUGCCUGCGGCGCUGUGGCAGAUGCCGGAGCUGGAGAAGCUGGCGCUCUACAACAACAGCCUGAGCGGAGAGAUCCCUGAGGAGAUAAACCACAUGAGGAACCUGAGAGAGCUGCUCCUGGCGUUCAACAACUUCACCGGCGAGCUCCCGCAAGGCCUGGGGUCGAACACGACGCAUGGACUUGUUUGGGUCGACGUCAUGGGGAACCACUUCCACGGCGCGAUCCCACCUGGUCUCUGCACCGGAGGUCAGCUCGCCAUUCUCGACCUUGCGCUGAACAGAUUCAGCGGGGGCAUUCCGAGUGAGAUCAUCAAGUGCCAGUCUCUGUGGAGGGCCCGUCUUGCGAACAACCUGUUCAGCGGGAGCUUCCCUUCAGAUCUGGGGAUAAACACCGGGUGGUCGUACGUGGAACUGGGCGGCAACCGGUUUGACGGCAGGAUACCAAGCGUGCUCGGUUCAUGGCGGAACCUCACGGUGCUUGAUCUAUCCAGGAACAGCUUCUCCGGUCCCAUACCACCCGAGCUCGGCGCUCUCGCCCAUCUUGGCGACCUGAACCUGUCGUCGAACAAGCUGUCCGGGCGAAUACCACACGAGCUGGGAAACUGCAGGGGACUCGUCCGUUUGGAUCUUGAGAACAACCUUCUCAACGGAAGCAUACCUGCAGAGAUCGUAUCGCUCGGUAGCCUGCAGCAUCUGGUGCUCGGUGGGAACAAGCUCAGCGGGGAGAUCCCGGACGCCUUCACCUCAACGCAGGGCCUCCUAGAGCUGCAGCUCGGCGGCAACUCCCUGGAGGGAGCUGUGCCAUGGAGCCUAGGCAAGCUCCAGUUCAUCUCCCAGAUCAUAAACAUGAGCAGCAACAUGCUGAGCGGCACGAUCCCAAGCAGCCUCGGCAACCUUCGCAUGCUGGAAAUGCUUGACCUGUCAGAGAACUCCCUGUCUGGCCCGAUCCCAUCACAGCUGAGCAACAUGGUCUCGCUCUCCGCGGCGAACGUGUCGUUCAAUCGGCUCUCCGGUCCGCUCCCCGUCGGCUGGGCCAACAAGCUCCCAGCCGACGGGUUUCUGGGAAACCCUCAGCUCUGCGUACGGCCUGAAGACGCAGCUUGCUCCAAGAACCAGUACAGGAGUCGCACAAGAAGGAACACGCGGAUCAUCGUGGCGCUGCUGCUGUCGUCUCUGGCCGUCAUGGCUUCCGGGCUGUGCGCUGUUCGCUACGCGGUGAAGACGUCGCGGCGGCGCCUGCUGGCGAAGCGCGUCUCGGUGCGCGGGCUGGACGCGACGACGACGGAGGAGCUGCCGGAGGACCUGAGCUACGACGACAUCAUCCGCGCCACCGACAACUGGAGCGAGAAGUACGUGAUCGGGAGGGGCCGCCACGGCACGGUGUACCGGACGGAGCUCGCCCCGGGGAGGCGGUGGGCGGUGAAGACGGUGGACCUGUCGCGGGUCAAGUUCCCCAUCGAGAUGAAGAUCCUCAACAUGGUGAGGCACCGGAACAUCGUCAAGAUGGAGGGGUACUGCAUCCGCGGCAACUUCGGCGUGAUCCUCUCCGAGUACAUGCCCCGAGGCACACUGUUCGAGCUGCUGCACGGGCGGAAGCCUCAGGUGGUGGCUCUCGACUGGAAGGCCCGCCACCAGAUCGCCCUCGGCGCGGCGCAGGGCCUGUCGUACCUGCACCAUGACUGCGUGCCGAUGGUGGUUCAUCGGGAUGUCAAGUCGAGCAACAUUCUCAUGGACGCGGAUCUGGUGCCCAAGAUCGCGGACUUCGGUAUGGGGAAGAUCGUAGGCGACGAGGACGCAGAUGCCACGGUGUCCGUUGUGGUCGGCACCCUUGGCUACAUCGCUCCAGAGCAUGGAUACAACACGAGGCUGACGGAGAAGAGCGACGUCUACAGCUACGGCGUGGUGCUGCUGGAGCUCCUGUGCAGGAGGAUGCCCGUCGACCCUGCUUUCGGAGACGGCGUUGACAUUGUGGCCUGGAUGAGGCUGAACCUGAAGCACGCUGACUGCUGCAGCGUGAUGACAUUUCUGGACGAGGAGAUCAUGUACUGGCCUGAAGACGAGAAGGCAAAGGCGCUGGACGUACUGGACAUGGCGAUUUCCUGCACCCAGGUGGCCUUCGAGUCGAGGCCUUCCAUGAGGGAGGUGGUGGGCGCCUUGAUGAGGAUAGAUGAUCAGUAUAUAUAACACUUCCACUCAUGAAUAUAUACAUGGUAAAAUGGAGACCUCAAUUGUGAAAUCUUGUUGCAGAUUAAUUAAGGUGUUCUGGUUGUUAUCA